AUCAGAGCCCUUUGCGACAUACGGAUGUCCUAUGUUUUCGGAUAAGGUACAGAUGACAUGGAGAACUACAGUAAGGCGCGAACGGUGGAACAGCCCUGCCCCUGCCCAUUCCCUGGCCUCUCCAGCGACACCAAUGAGGUUAGAGUGAAGGAUGGCAGCAAGAUCCGCAACCUCAUGCGCUACGCCCUGAGCCGCAUGGAGGUCAAGCCCAGAGCGCUGGAAGGCGAGGGGAUGCAGCCUAAGAGCGAAGAAGGGGGUAGCACCACCGAGGUCCAGGAAGCACCAUACUCCCAGGCACUGGAAAAGAUGCCUAGCCGGCAGAUAGUAUUCACUGGGAUGGGGAAGGGGGUCUCCAAGGCCAUCACGUGUGUGGAGAUCCUGAAGCGCCGUGUGAAAGGCUUGCACCAGCAGACCAGGCUACUCUUCAGCACUGUCCUGGAGGUGUGGGAACCCCUGGAGCCUGCGGCAGGCCUGGACAGCCUCACAGUCAGUAGAAACAUACCUGCUAUCUGGGUACUGCUCUCCAGAGACCCCCUGGAUGCCAGCCUGCCUGGAUACCAGGCUCCAGGGAACUUUGAUGCCCUGUGGGCACAGGCUGCCAAGGAGGAUGCAGGGGUGGCUGGUGGACAGAGACAUGGGGGCAGGAGGAAGAGGGGAGGUGGUGGUGGCAGGGGUAAGGGACCAGGAGGCCCUGUCAGACAGACUGAUCGAUCCAGAGAGCCAGGAAAAGGCCAGAGUCGUGGUAAGGGGGCGCUGGCAGGGCAGGAAUGAGAUGUGUUCUGUGUGUGGAAGAGGCCUUUGGACCAACCUGUUAUAAUCACAAGACAGUCCCCCAUCGGCCGAUGAGUGCACAAAAUAUCAACCUUUCCAACUUUUCCGUUAUUGUGUUAUGACUCACUUUCUGGGAGAGAGGAUGUGAGCGAGUGCCUAAGGUCAUAGGUCAAGCCUGAGUAUUUUCAGACUUUCUUUGUGCUCUUAUAUUUAAGUUCAAUAUUUUGUCUCAUUUAUAAGUAAAUAAAGUGUAGCCUGUACAUGAUUGCACUGGUCAUUUUGAUGUUUUAUGUUUUUAUAGAAAAUGUAUUAUAGCUUGUUCUGCAACUACAUGCAGAACAAUAACACUUUCAAAUGAGUGAAUGUUAUUGCUGGAUAAAGGAGUUAAUUGAACGUUCUGCUUGAGCUCUUUUGAGAAGUUGAACAACACUGCCACCUUGUGGUGAUAAUGUAAUGAUGCCAGAGUUUGAAGGUUUGAGCGGUCUUGAACAUAAAGGUAUUCUUUCCCUGUAAUAACAUCAGCUGUCAAUCACAGACUUUUCUUUAACCUAUACGUCUGAUUGUGGAGCUUCAUUUUUUCAUAAUCCACAGGGGAAUAACCUACAUUGUAAAUGUCAAAAUAUUGAAAAGUUAUAUUAAAAGUUCCUUCUAGAAUAAAACCAGAGCAUAGCAAUCAGUGAAUGUGUGCAGUGGGAUCAGAGUGACAGAUGUAGGUAACCUCGUCAGUCACUGCCAGCACCUUAUCCCUUUAUCCUCUUCAGUGGAUUCUCUUGAGGGAGCAGCUGCGGUGUGUGGAAUGGCCUGGCUGGAACAGACGAGGAUUAAGGGGUCUUAACUAGGACCUGACUCCAUUACAGGAGGUGUGCUAGUCAGGAGGAGAAAUACACCAGGGAGUGGAGACUGGGAAGUGACAGGGAGAAAGGAUGAGUGGUGGUGGACGGGCAAGCUCAGGACAGAUCCUGGUUCUCUCAUGGCUGGUUGUUGUUCCUUCUUUGUCCCAGGUUCGCCACUCUCUGCCAGUCUUGUGGAUCAUGCCACUGACAGACAACCCAGGGCGGGGAAACCUUACGGCGUCCGUGUUGCCGGCUGUCCAGCUCGCUCUAGACGACCUGAGCAGGCAGCAGACUCCUCUAAGAAACUAUGAGAUCAAUUUUCACGUCAUAGAUUCAGAGUGUAAUAUUGCCAAAGGACUUAAAGCCUACUUUGAUGCCAUAUGCUUUGGGCCAAAAUACUUAAUGAUCUUUGGAGGUGUGUGUCCAUCAGUCACAUCCGUCAUUGUUGAAUCACUACAGGCGUGGAACCUGGUACAGCUUUCUUUCACUGCAACAACGCCUGUUUUAGAUGAUGAGAAAAAAUAUCCCAACUUCUUCCGAAUGGUCACCUCGGACAACACAGUCAAUCAGGCUGUUGUGAAGAUCCUACAGAACUACAAGUGGAGACGUGUAGGGACGCUGACCCAGGAUGUACAGAGGAUCUCAGAGAUAAGGAGAGAUCUGACUAAACAACUGAGCAAGGCUGAUGUUAUGGUUGCUGUAACUGAAAGCCUGUCCACUGACCCAUGUAUCAAUGUAAAGAAAUUGAAGGAUAUGGAUGUAACGAUCAUUAUUGGGUUGUUUGACGAGAAUUCAGCCUCCAAAGUCUUUUGCUGUGCUUACAGCCUGAACAUGUUUGGCGGGAGGUAUCAGUGGAUCCUCCCUGGCGGUUACCAGGGGAGCUGGUGGGAGGAGGCCAACUCCUCCAACUGUGCUUCAAACAACCUGCUGACCGCAAUGGAAGGCUACAUCACUGUGGACUUCACACACCUCAGUAACAGACAGAUAAAAGGCAUCUCAGGAAGGACCCCAGAAGAGUAUGACGAGACUUACAACAGAGAGCUGCUGCAGAGAGGGUUGGUUGCCAGCAAGUUCCAUGGGUUUGCCUAUGAUGGAGUUUGGGUGAUGGUGAAAGCAUUGACCAGGGUCAUUGAGUCUGUUCGUCACAGAGAGAGAUAUGACAUCCACCGGAACUUCACAGUCAGCAGCAAGGAGAUUGGACAAAUGGUCCUGGAUUCCAUGAAGGAGAUUUGCUUUGAGGGUGUAACUGGUCAAGUUAUGUUUAGAAAUGGGGAACGCAUGGGAACUAUUAAAUUAAGCCAAUUUCAAGAGGGCCGGGAGGUGAAGAUAGGCCAGUAUAAUGCUGAAGCAGAAGAAUUAGAACUCAACCACUUAAUCAAGUUUCAAGGCAUGCAGCCGCCUAAAGACCGGGCACACUCCCAGCGGUGGGAUGUCAGUGUUCCCCUCUACAUCAUCUUGUUAUCCACCACUGGCCUGGCCAUGCUCAUGGCACUCUUCUUCCUCUUCUUCCACAUCAAGCAUCACAACCAUUGGGUCAUGAAGAAGUCCAGUCCGUCCAUGAACUACCUCAUUAUCCUGGGUACGAUGCUGGCCUGUACCUCCGUCUUCCUCUAUGGGCUGGAUGGAUCCCUUGUGACUGACAAAGUGUUUGUUACGCUUUGCCCUAUUCGCACAUAUAUUCUUUCUGUAGGAUACACCACAACCUUUGGGGCAUUGUUUGCGAAAACUUGGAGGGUCUGGACAAUUGUCAAAAAUAAGGAGAUAAUUGAAAAGAUUAUUAAGGAUGACCAACUAUGGAUAAUUGUCGGGGGAAUGCUGCUAAUCGAUCUGUGUCUGUUAACCUGCUGGCAGAUGGUGGAUCCACUCAGACGAACAGUGGAAGAGUUCAGCCAAGAGACUGCUCCUGGUGGUGAAGAUGUUAAUACAAGGCACUUCCUGGAGCACUGUGAAAGUACAAACCUGACUAAAUGGCUCGCCAUUGUAUAUGGCUACAAAGGGCUUCUAAUGUUUCUUGGAUGUUUCCUGGCCUUGAGAACAAGGCAUGCACAUAUCCAUCUCCUCGAUGACAGCAAGUACACAAGGCUGAGCAUGUACCACGUGACCGUCAUGUCUAUCAUUGGAGCAUCAGGGUGCUUCCUGACCCAGUAUAACCCUAAUGUGCAGCUCUUCAUCAUGGCUUUGGUGGUGAUCUCCUGCUGUACCUGCACUCUGUGUCUGGUGUUCCUGCCCAAGCUUGUAAAAAUCCGAGACAAUCCCAACCAAGUGGAUCCAACUAGCUGGUUACAAUGUGAUCUUCACAAGGAGGAUUCGGAGACCUCCAGUUCCUCUAGCAGUCUCAAUCAGGGCAGAUCUCUUGAAAGCCUGCAGACUGAAAACCAGCAGCUCCGGAGGAGAAUCACAGAGAUUGGUGACCAGUUGGAGGAUGUCGCCAUGCAAGUACUAGAGAAAGAGCUGAGUCCUCCCAGUCCACAGGGCCAUGAAGUGAGACUGAGAGCCCAGGUGUGCUCUGAGGAUGUGCCCAGGAUGAACAGGGAACUCUUUGAUGACAUCAACUCACCUGAACACGUCCAACGAAGAUGGUCCGUGCAGCUGCCAAUUCUUCACCAUGCCUACAUGCCAGCCAUUGGGGGAAUGAGUGCCAGCUGUUCCAGCCUUCUGAAAAGUCCCGAUGUCCCCAGUGCCCAACAGAGACAUAUGCCACCAUCGCAUCGGGUCAUGGUCACCGGGCUGUGACUGUAUUUCCCUCUACAAUGAGUGACAAUACACUGGAAAAGUUACAAUAUUCAUUGAACUGCCUCUGGUUCCACUGGCAGCUGGAAGUCAAAUGACCUUCCUUUACUUGGACUGCCAUCGCAUCAUUCACAUCUGAAGUCAUGUUCACAUCCAGACAAGUUCUACAUACAAUGUGGUGCUGACAAAAGUUGUGUGGUAAAUUACAAUGGCUGCUUUCUUUAUGGAUUUUUAGUAGAUUGAUUGCAGUGCAACUCAUAGAAGUGGUCUCCUCAUGGAAAAACAAAAAAUGUUGGCCGUUCCCCCUGUUUCCCAACAUGGGAGUAUCUUGUAUUGCAGCAGGAUACUGGCAGUGACUGUAUUUGCACUCUUGGUAACUGCUCUGUGCUGUGGUACUGCUCUCUGGUACUGCUCUGUCAUGUUGUCACUCUGGGAAUUUCCUGGUUUGCUAAAGCCCAGGAAUGAACUUUAAACUGUUCCAAGGCAGAAGUUAACCCUUUACAGCAGUCAAAUAAAUAAUUGAUUGUCUUUCCAAACAUUGCCUGUGUCCUGGAGAAAACAACAUCUUGGCUAUGUCUAGGCAAAUUCAAGUUUGUUAUCAGUCUUUCAAAGAUGAAGAAUAAUCGGAUGAGAGUAUAACCUUUAAAUGUGCAUAUUUGUAAAACAAUAAAUAUCUAUAUAAAAAAAGUGGUCCAACUAUUUUGCAAAAUCCACUGUUGUGGCCAGACAGUACUUUCUAUUUGAACAGGAUGUGCUGCGAUAACAAAUAAGGGAGGAGUGUCUCAAUUUGGGGUUUAUAAAAAGGUAAAUCUAUCUCACUGCAGAAAGUGUAUUAGGUAUCCACAACAACAUCCUUGGGAAAAGGAUCCUGCCAUGUUCUCCAUCAGAACCGCAUUCAUCCUGCCAGCUCUUCUGGCCCUUUUGGUUGUAAAUGUGGAAUCCUCUUUCAGUGGUGGUGGUGGAGGAUCCUACAAUUAUGACAUAUCUAAAAUGUCUGACCUGAGGAAGCUGUACAACUCCAAGGUGUAUGAAGCAGACAGAAUGAGGAGACCCCUUGAAGGCAUGUCCUUUCAGGUGGGGGUUCUCAGCCACUCAGGAGUCAGAGUGACUUUGGCUGAUGGCUCCCAGUGGCUUGUCCAUAAAGGGGAUGGAUUUGGCAUCAGCUCUCAGACUGUAGUGGUGGCUGCACGCCACAUGGGUCGAGACUGGAAG